GCAGGAGAGCAAGACGGCGACCUCCAAGUCUCCAAUUAUUGCCCAGCACGGCAGAUACAGCACAUAUCCAACCCAAACGGCCAGUGAGGCCAACACGCACCGCAUCGCAUCGCAUCGUCAGCGCCUCACGCCUGCUCCUCCGGAUCAAUCCCCCCUCUCUCUCCCCUCCCCUCCCACCUCCGCCACCGAUCGAGUAAAGAGUCCUCCGGCCGGCCGCGAUGAGCUGGUGGUGGACGGGCGCGAUCGGCGCGGUCAAGAAGCGCCAAGACGAGCAGGCCGCCGCCGCCGAGCCCUCCUACCAGAGCGUUGCCCUCGUCGUCGGAUCCACCGGCAUCGUCGGCACCUCCCUCCUCGACAUCCUCCCGCUCGCUGACACCCCCGGCGGGCCGUGGAAGGUCUACGCCAUCUCCCGCCGCUCGCUCCCGCCCUGGUCCCCGGCCCCCUCCCCCGCCGUCACGCACCUCCACCUCGACCUCGCCGACUCCAAAGCCGUCGCCGACGCGCUCACCCCCCUCACCGACAUCACCCACGUCUUCUACGUCGCCUGGGCCAACUACCCCACGGAGGCUCAGAACUGCGACGCCAACGCCGCCAUGCUCCGCAACGUCCUCUCCACCGUCCUCCCCAACUGCCCCGCGCUCGUCCACGUCUGCCUCCAGACCGGCCGCAAGCACUACAUCGGCCCCUUCGAGGCCAUCGGCAAGAUCCCCGUCCCGGACCCACCCUACACCGAGGACAUGCCGCGCCUGGACUGCCCCAACUUCUACUACGACCUGGAGGACAUCCUCCUCGACGAGGUUUCCCGCCGCGACGGCGCCGUCAGCUGGUCCGUGCACCGCCCCACCACCGUCUUUGGGUACUCCCCUCGGAGCGCCAUGAACGUCGUGGGCAGCCUCUGCGUCUACGCCGCCAUCUGCAGGAAGGAGGGCGCCACGCUGCGGUGGCCUGGGUCCCGGGUUGCGUGGGAGGGGUUCAGCGACGCCUCCGACGCGGACCUCAUCGCCGAGCACGAGAUCUGGGGUGCAGUUGACCCCUUUGCCAAGAACGAGGCCUUCAAUUGCAGCAAUGGGGAUGUCUACAAGUGGAAACAGCUGUGGUCGAUAUUGGCUGAUCAUUUCGGGGUGGAAUGGGCUGGCUAUGAAGGGGAGGAGAGCAGGUUCAAGCUCUCGGAGGCCAUGGCUGGAAAGGAGGCAGUCUGGGCGGAGAUUGUCAAGGAGAAUGAACUUAUAGGGACAGAGCUUGACGAGAUCACCAAUUGGUGGUUCGUCGAUGCCGUGUUCAGUGUCGAGAGCGAGCAUUUGGAUAGCAUGAAUAAGAGCAAGGAGCAUGGCUUCCUAGGCUUCCGGAACACCGUGAACUCCUUCAAUACAUGGAUCGAGAAGAUGAAGGUUUUCAAGAUUGUUCCCUAAUGCCUCCCUGCAAUUUAGUUCCUUAUUGCUGUUAUUUAUAUGAUGCUGCAUCUUAUUAUCUUGAUCAUCUGUCAAGUUUCAGUUAUCUUUGAACUUAGUUUCAUUUCAAAGGAUGAUGUCUUUUCAAAGGUUGCAUGUUGUAUAAUAUUGUAUUCUAGAACCAAAUAAAGUAAAGCAAAUUAUGGAGGAGUUGUUCUUUCUCA